AUGGUCGCUUAAAAGCAACGAGUGCACAAAGGAGUGAAUUUGGGAAAAUUGCUUUGAUUUUUGUGAUUUGAGCACCAUGUUUAACUUCGGUGCCACCGCGCAGCUACUGCGACCCAAGACUGCGAAGGUGGUUCGCGGGCACAUCAUGCCGCUGACUCCCGAGCGCAUUCCAAGCUUCAUCAUUCCACCGAAAUUACAAAUUCGGUCACCGCGCGCUCGUCACGAGGACACUGACCGCACACGACUGCUGUCUCCCGACCACCGCGCCACCUUGCGCAGGGGGGAUCUCUCGCCUUCAUUCGUCUUGUCUAGCCGUUCCCCAAGGUUCCCCAAACUUUCUCCGGUGGCCGGAGGGAGCGCGGGGCAUGUAGCCGCCGGUCGAGUCUCGGAGGACCGAACGGAUCUAUCGACCCGCGCCGCUCUGGGUUUGGAACAUGUAAAGAAGAUCUCCACACCCUACGGAUUUCGCACCUUGGCGGAGAGUCCCCACGUCCGACGACGGGAGUCGCUGUUUCAUGGGGAUCGCUAUAGUACCUGCAAAGUUGCAGACCCACCAUCCGUCAGUCCCUGCCCCGUGUCUGCUGUGAAUGAGCAGCAGGACACCGGAACGCGCUUGCCUACUUGUAACGGAGAGAUGGUCAGUCCUUUCAACGCCUUGAAGUCUGAGCGCAGCCCGAGGCAAAGCCCCAAUCCAACUGGCGUCGCGAAGUCCUCCAAAGACAAACUUCAGUUGUUUUUGAGAAACCCUCGUUAUGGCCUGAAGACGUUAACUCCUCGGCGGGCCGCGAAGGGACCUUCUUCCACAUGUUCAUAAUGUAAUUAAGAAGUGUUUUUAGUUGCCAGUUUAAUUUUAUUAUUUUUUUAUAUAUGAAACUUUGUAAUAAAUCGUAGCCUACUCUUGAAA